AUGAGAGAAAUAUGUCAGAUACAAGUUGGACAAUGCGGUAAUCAAAUCGGUUACAAAUUUUGGGAAGUCAUUGCAGACGAACAUGGUAUCGAACCCACUGGAGAAUUUUCAGGAAAUGAUUUACAAGCCGAAAGGUUAAAUGUUUAUUUCACGGAAGCUUCCAAACGUUACGUACCUCGUGCCGUUCUUAUCGAUUUGGAACCCGGAGCAAUUAAUUCGUUGCAACUUGGACCCUUCGGUGAACUUUUCAGACCGCAAAAUUUUGUCAUCGGACAAUCUGGAGCCGGAAAUAAUUGGGCGAAGGGUCAUUACACUUUGGGAGCUGAUUUGUUGGAUGAGGCUAUAGACGCCAUUAGACGAGAAGUAGAAGCUUGCGAUAGCUUGCAAGGAUUUCAAUUGGUGCACUCUUUAGGCGGUGGUACCGGGUCAGGUAUGGGAUCUUUAAUAAUCGACAACAUCAGACAAGAAUAUCCCGAUAGGAUAUUUACCACCUGCAGCGUUUUUCCGACUCCUAAAGCACCUCAAAGCGUUGUCGCACCGUAUAAUGCCAUACUUUCCAUUCAUCAUUUGAUAGAACACACGGAUUUUACCCUUUGCUAUGACAACGAAGCCAUUAUUGAUGUUUGCGUUAAAUCAUUACAAUUACGUAGUCCAAAUUUUUCCGAUUUAAAUCACUUGAUAUCGGCAAGUCUUUCCGGUGUGACGACGUCAUUGAGAUUUCCGGGUCAGUUAAAUUCGGAUUUGAGAAAACUAGCCGUUAACAUGGUACCGUUUCCGAGGUUACACUUUUUAGUUGUCGGUUUUGCACCUCUUUCAUCACCGAAAACGAAAGUUUUCGGAGCGUUAUCCGUUGCCGAAGUCGCUCAUCAGAUGUUUCAUCACAAAAACGUUUUAUCGGGAGUGGAUCCCUCACACGGAAGGUAUUUAACGGUUGCCGCCAUAUUUCGAGGCCGAGUUUCAACUCGAGAAGUCGACGAAUUGAUGUACAACAUUCAAGACAAAAACAGUUGUUACUUUGUCGAUUGGAUACCGAACAACGUGAAAACCGUCAUCUGCGACAUACCUCCGAGAGGUUUAAAACUCAGCGGUACUUUUUUAGGUAAUUCGACGUCCAUCGUCGAAAUGGUUAAUCGAAUCGAAAGACAAUUCGAAGCCAUGCUGAGUAGAAAAGCGUUCGUUCAUUGGUACACGGCAGAAGGAAUGGAUGUAAUGGAAUUCAUAGAAGCCGAAGCUAAUCUUAUUGAUUUGCAAGAAGAUUACAAUCGUCGUUUUUACGACGUUUUCGAAGAGGGAGAGGAUGACGACUACGAAGACAAAUGUUAUGGUAAUUCGGAAAAUAACGGCUACGAUUUCGGAGGAGAAGAAAACGACGGCAGCGACAGUAAAAACGAUACAAACGCUAGCUCUGAUAAACAAAACGUAAACAGGGUAUCCAAAAGAAAUGGUUGCCAACCUUUGGAUCUCCCAGGGGAAGAAUAG